CACUUCUGGCCAUAUCUACCACAGUUGAACAUACUUAAGUUUAUAAAACAACUUUGCUGCGACCAAUGUAAUGCUCAAUCAGAUUUAAAUCUUUAUUGAAGUCGUAUCGCAAUUGCUCAUAAUUGCAGAAAAAUGAAAUCUAUUUUCGUUGGACUAGUUUUAGUUCUUGUAUUAAGCUCAUAUUGUAUUGGCAUGUGCGAAUCCACAAACGAUUUACAAAAUAUCGAGACAAGUCGGAAAAAGAAGCAUCACUAUUUUCUGUAUUCCUUUUAUGGCUGGCAUGCAUUGUCGUGGAUUUAUUGGAUAAAAGUUAAAUUACUGGUUGUUGCAUUCUUUGUAUACACCGCCUUCAUUUGGGGUCUACGCUAUAUUGGAUCAUAUAACAGAUGUUCCGAACCUGGUCACGUUUAUUAUGGCAAUUAUAGAUCUUUGGAAGAUCGCCAACAUUACCAAAUAGCGGAACGUAUUAACAGGUCACGUAAAAGAAGACACUUGACGAAUAAAGGACAAUAAAUGGCAUUUUAUUUGUUU